GAGAAGAUGGCAACAAGACAACAAAAAUAAAUUUGUGGACAACAACCUAGAGUGCAUGAUGGCGGCGUCAAUGGUUCGCCGGGACAAGAAAGCCACUGCUGCCAACCUAAAGGCCGACUUAAACCGGACUGACAAUAACUCCGGACUACAACGACUUCAGGAACUGCUCGAUGCGGUGUUGAAUCCCGAAAAAGCAGUGGCGGACACAGAGGCUCUGGACUGGUGUAAAUGUCUGAUAGCAGGAGGCGACGGCUUCGAGGAGUUCUGUAAAACGGUUCGCUCCUAUGACAACGCUACUCUGUGCGGCUUGGUUUGGACGGCUAAUUUCGUAGCUUAUCGAUGCCGGACCUGUGGAAUCUCGCCGUGCAUGUCCCUGUGCGCAGAAUGCUUUAAUAAUGGAGAACACACGGGCCAUGACUUCAACAUGUUCAGGAGCCAGGCUGGUGGGGCCUGUGACUGUGGUGACAGUAAUGUGAUGAGAGACGCUGGGUUUUGCCAUCAGCAUCGAUUGAGAAUGGGGGAGAAUAUCCCAUCAAUUCCUCGAGACCUCCUGCUGAUGUCUGAGAUGGUUCUUCCUCGCUUUAUCCUGUGUGUCAUUCAGUACUUGAGGGAUGGGUACACUGAACCAGACACCUCGACUGAGAGAGAUCUACAGAAUGUUCUACAGCAGCUGGAGCCUCAGAUCUCUUUCUUGGAAGAGCUAACAAAGAUGGGAGGGGCAAUGAGGACAGUACUGACAAAGAUCCUGACCAAUCAGCAGGCAUUCAAGGAGUUGAGCAUGGGCCAAGAAGGAAAUUUGUAUGCUAAAAAGAAUUAUGAGAAGUAUCUGUCAGCGUUGAAGAAUUCAGGUCUGGUUUCUGUUGAGGAGAAAGCACAAGGUGCCUCUGCUGAUUUUAGUGUUGGAGCUGAAGGAGGUGCAGGUGCGGUGGUUUUAUUGGGAACCUCUUCACCAGGGAGCCCAAAUGAAUCUAGCAAAGAGGAGGACCAAGAUGCAGGACAGACUGUUGGACAGAGAAAGAGGGUUAAACUGAGUAGCAGUACCAGAGAACCAUGUAUUAUUGAGUCCCUGAAGCAUAAAUGCUUUUUGGAGGAGCUGCUGUUUUGGACAAUAAAGUAUGAGUUUCCUCAGAAGAUGGUGACCUUCUUACUAAACAUGCUGCCAGAUCAAGAUUACAAGAUCACAUUUACAAAAACAUUUGUUCAGCAUUAUGCAUUUAUCAUGAAGACGCUGAUGAAAAGCCACGAAUCAGACACCAUGUCCAACCGCAUUGUCCAUAUUAGUGUGCAGCUGUUCAGCAAUGAGGAGCUGGCACGACAUGUAACAGAGGAGUGUCAGCUGCUGGACAUUAUGGUCACAGUCCUCCUCUACAUGAUGGAGAGUUGCCUUGUUAAAAGCGAACUUCAGGAUGAGGAAAACAGUCGCCAUGUUGUGGUGAACUGUGGCGAGGCUCUGUUGAAGAACAACACUUACUGGCCAUUAGUUAGUGAUUUUAUUAAUAUCCUCUCCCACAAAAGUGUAGCUAAGACAUUCCUGGAGGACCAUUCAUUGCUGAUGCUGUGGAUGAGCUUUGUAUCUUUUUUUCAAGGUAUGAACCUGAAUAAACGAGAGUUGAAUGAACACGUGGAAUUUGAGUCUCAGACAUACUAUGCUGCAUUUGCAGCCGAGCUUGAGGCCUGCGCGCAACCAAUGUGGGGUCUCUUGACACACUGCAAAGUCAAAGAGACACGGGAAUAUACUAAAACAGUGGUGCACUACUGCUUGGAGACUUUGCACAUCUGGUUUGAUGCCAUUGGCUUUGUCGAUGAGCCUACUCAGAAUCAGGUGACAUUUCACCUGCCCCUGCACCGUUACUAUGCCAUGUUCCUCAGCAAGGCUGUAAAGUGUCAGGGUGUGGACCUGGACAGCUUCCUGCCUGAUCAGGAGAUGUUGAUGAAGAUCAUGGUACAUCCACUCCAAAUCCAGGCAAGCCUGUCAGAGAUCCACAGCAACAUGUGGGUCAGAAACGGCCUGCAGAUUAAGGGACAGGCUAUGACUUAUGUGCAGUCACAUUUCUGCAACUCCAUGAUUGACCCAGACAUCUACCUGCUCCAGGUUUGUGCAUCAAGGCUAGAUCCUGACUACUUUAUUUCAAGUGUUUUUGAGAGGUUCAAAGUGGUUGACAUGUUGACCAUGGCGUCUCGGCAUCAGAAUUCUGUCUUGGAUUCUGAGCAUGAGAAACCGAUGCUUGAAGGAGCACUAACAUUUCUGGUCAUACUAACAAGCCUUCGCAUUCAUUUGGGCAUGACAGAUGAUGAAAUCCUCAGAGCUGAAAUGGUCUCUCAGUUGUGUAUGAAUGACCGUACACACAGUGCCCUAUUGGACCUUAUUCCUGAAAAUCCCAACCCCAAGAGUGGCAUAGUGCCAGGAAGCUGUAGUUUUGAGGACAUGCUUUCUGCUGUGGCAGACUUCAAAGCACCAGUGUUUGAGCCAGGAGGCUCAAUGCAGCAGGGCAUGUACACACCUAAAGCGGACGUGUGGGAGAAAGAAUUUGACCCCAUCAUGGUUGUUCUCAGAACAGUUUACCGACGUGAUGUGCAGUCAGCAAUGGACAGAUACUCUGCAUUUCUUAAACAGUGUGGUAUUCACACUGGCAACCCAUGGCCACCUUACAAGGAGAGGACUCCUCUGCACCCAUGUUACAAAGGCCUUGUCAAGCUCCUCCACUGCAAGACACUGCACAUUGUAAUAUUCACGCUCCUUUACAAGAUAUGGAUGGAUCAUCAGAACAUGUCUGAGCACGUGCUCUGCAUGGUGCUGUACCUAAUAGAGUUGGGUUUGGACAACCAAGUUCAAGACACCAAGGAGGAUGUGGAGCCUUGCAUUGAGGAGCAUUGCCACGACAGCUGGUUCCCUGGUACAAAUCUCCUCUCCAAUCUGUAUCAUAUCAUCAACUUUGUAAGGGUCCGGGUUCCUGAGACAGCUCCUGAAGUAAAGAAAGAGGUGCCUCCCAGCACCAGCUCUGAAGCUUCCUCAUAUGGCCAGAAUUCAAGGCGUCUUUCAGGAAAUUGGAGAGAGAACCUGCGUGAAGCUCAGGUCUUCAGUCUUGUGGCAGAACGCAGGAGGAAAUUCCAGGAGAUAAUCAACCGCAGCAACACUGAAGCCACACAGGUCGUCCGGCCCAAGGGCUCAUCCACACGUUGGGUCCCACCAGGAACACCGCCCCCAAUGGUAACGGAGAUCUUGGAGAUCCGGGAGAGCAUGCUGUCUCUGCUCAUCAAACUCCACCAGAAGAUGUCUUCCAAGCAGAACUCGCUCUCAGCAUCCUUGAUAGAAGACAUGGACACAAGCCGCCUUGCUCACGGAGACGGCAUUACAGCAAUAGAGCGCAUCCUCACCAAGGCAGCCUCACGCAGCUGCCACAUCAAACGUAGCAUUCAGGAGAUUUGUGGGAAAGUGUAUCCUCCAGUGCCACCAAAGAAGAACAGUCCUAGUGACAAGAAAGCCAUGGAUAAAGAAGAGAGACGUCAGAGGGCAAGAGAAAGGCAGCAGAAACUACUUGCUGAAUUUGCCUCUAGGCAAAAGAGUUUCAUGGAAACUGCAAUGGAUGUUGAAUCCCCAGAAACUGAGGCGGCCAUGGACUUGGGAGCAUCUGAGUUAAUGGAAUCUGAAGUCCUGUAUGACUGUGUGAUUUGUGGCCAGAGCGGACCUUCGACUGAGGAGAGACCCACUGGCCUGGUGGUUCUCCUCCAGGCAUCCUCAGUACUUGGGCACCGUUGUAAAAGUGAAGAAGCCAAGAAGCUACCAACAAGUGAUGACGAGCACAUCUACCCUGCCGAUACAUGUGGGGUGGCUCAUGAUGUCAGACUCACCCUCAUGCAACGCUUCUUUAAAGAUAGUUCUUGUCUGCAGUCAGUCUCAAUAGGCUGGGAUGGGGGUGUCUAUGUACAGACCUGUGGACACACAUUGCACAUCGAUUGCCACAAAUCAUACAUGGAAUCUCUUCGGAAUGAACAUGUCCUGCAGGGUUUCUCUGUUGAUAAGGGUGAAUUCACCUGCCCGCUGUGUCGACAGUUUGCUAAUAGUGUCCUUCCCUGUCGUUCCGGGAGAGGCACAGAAGCUGGAGCCUGGCACACGCCCACAAACAAGAAAACAUCUGUGCUUGUAAAGGAGGUUGAAGGUCUUCAAGACAAACUGAGCCUUUUCCCAAUGGACUCCAACUUAAGUAAACAGAUGGAGCUGGUCAUCAAAGAUAUUAAGAACACCACCCAGAAGAAAUACAUGGACUAUGGCAAAAACCCUGGAUCCCCUGACAAUGAUUUUCUCUUCAUGUACUCCGUUGCAAGGACCAACCUGGAGUUGGAACUUGUGCACCGAGGAGGAAAUCUUUGUUGUGGAGGAUCCAGUGCAGCGGCCAAGCGCUCAUGUCUCAAUCAGCUGUUCCAUGUGUUGGCCAUGCACAUGCGUUUGUACAGCAUAGAUUCAGCCUACAAUCCUUGGACUAAGCUGACUCAGGUUACACAAGGCAAAGAAUCAGAUAGUUUUGAUGAAGAGAGACCUGAGGUGCCCGUGCUGUUCCGAGAUGUUCCAUCUCUACUAAUUAUCUUUGUGUUGACGAUGCCACAGCCUCUGCGAAAAGAGCACUUCACCUGUAUGGUGAAAAUGCUGUACAACCUGCAGUACAUACAAGCUCUUGCUGCCACUUUGACUAAGUUCAGUCCAGAGGAGAGACAGGCUUGGAGCACAUCUGGAGCACUUACAAAGAAUGCACCGAAUGCUGAGAAAUCAUCUGAAGCUCUGCUCAGUCAUGUCAUCAGUGAAUUCUCAAAGGACAAGAGUGUCUACAAGCUCAACACUGAAGAACCAUCAGUGCUGAGUUCUAGUGUGUGGUCCCCACAGUCCAUCGAGUUCAGCUUGCAGCAGUUCUGUCUGCCCUUCCUUCGCCUCUCCUGCCUUCUGCAGCAUCACCUCUAUGGAGACAACCUCACUGGCUGCCUGGAAGAAGAGGAGUUCUCGUCCUUGGCUAUGUGUUUGGGGCUCCUACCUUCUGCCCCACAGCCCUCUACCACUGUGCACAGUGCCUCAUGUCUGGAGUGGCCAGCCAGCCCUUUUGAUUUGGUGACACAUUGGUGUUUGGAGGUCACCGGGGUCAAUCAGAUGCAGGCAGAGCAAUCACAGACCUUGCUUGUCCAGGACCCUCAGUGGGCAGGGCCCCGCCUUCUCCAGCUACCAGACAACUACAAUAUCAUCUUCCAGUACUAUCACAGGAAGGCCUGCACUGCCUGCAAAAAAGUGCCAAAAGACCCUGCACUCUGCCUUGUUUGUGGCGCCUUCGUUUGUCUCAAAGGGCUGUGUUGCAAACAGCAGGGUAUCUGUGAAUGUGUUUUGCACUCCCAGCACUGUGGCGCAGCUACAGGCAUCUUUCUACUCAUAAAUGCCUCAGUCAUUAUCAUUAUCCGUGGACAUCGUUUCUGUCUUUGGGGUUCUGUUUACCUGGAUGCUCAUGGCGAGGAAGACCGCGAUUUACGCCGGGGCAAGCCGCUGUUCUUAUGUGAAGAAAGGUAUCGAGUGUUGGAGCAGCAGUGGAUCUCACACACCUUUGAUCACAUUAAUAAGCGUUGGGGUCCUCAUUAUAAUGGACUCUAGAUCUUCCAAAGUCUAAUGAAAAAAAACUGCAACCCUUACAGGAGAUGUUUUGGGUUUUUUCCCCUCUCUGUUUUGGCUUGUGUGUGUGUGUCUGCCUCCUUUAAACAUUUGGGCCAUCAUGUGCAGAAAACAGACAUUCAGUGACCACAGAUUUGGAUUCUGUGAUGUUUGGCGUACAGUUAUGCCUACAGUUUGAUGUGUGUGUGUGUGUGUGUAUACACGUGAGUCAUCAUGUGAUUUUCAGCAAGUAUAAACAGAGUUUGGUUACUUCAAAGUAAAAGCACAACUUUUCCCAGAAAUUAAAGAAAAUUUGUUUGGAUUUGACUUUUGAAGCCUGUAAAGUGUUAAUGGGUUAAACUUAUAUUAAGUAUUGAAUGUCCCAGCAAAGGUUUGGUUUUGUUUAUCUUGCACGCUUUAUGAUAUUAAUGCAUAUCCCUCUUAUUUAUCAAUACGUGUUCUGCUGUGCUGGCAUGAGUUUCAGGCUCCUGAGGAGUGUACAGUAAAUUAUAAUGUACACCCUUUGUUUGCUGACAUGGACUAUAGGCAGGACAACUCCACCCAACAACACUAGAGUUUUUUGCAAACAAGUAAAGACUAUUUUUAUGGGUCUAGUUGCAAUCCAUCCUCAGGAAUUUUUUAUUUUAUUAUUAUUAUUAUUAUUAUUAUUAUUUUGCAGUUUAAUCUUACAUUUUAGAUAUUUAAAAUAAAUGCUGCUGCUCAUUGUUCAAGUAAUUUUUUAACUUGUGAAGAUGUUUUUCAGGUUGUGCUUUUUGAGUUUGUGGUAGAUGGCUGGGAAUGUCGGCUCUAACUCACUUUACUGUAAAGAAAAACAAAACCUUUGCGGUCACCUUGUCACUUCUCUUUGUGCAUCUGUUGUCCUCCUGCAGUUCAUUUACGCUGCUUGGUUCUCAAAUGCCAAACUCUUAAGGCAGUGACACCAACUCAGAAUCGAUUAAUAAGCUGAAGUUCAGUGUCAAGCAUCACAAAAAAAUGUGAAUUCAAAGACAUAAAAAUUAGUUGUGUGGUAUAGCAUUUUAGGAAAUGUCACUGCACACAAACGGCAUCUUGCUGCUCUGGCAAAAGUCUGCACCCUGUGACAGCAGUAUAUUGGUGGCGUCAUUGUUUUUCACAAGACAUGAAAUUUUGUUGCUUUUGACAAGAAAUGCUGACGCCAUUCAUCUUUCACUACUGUCAGGAAAAAAAAGUUCUUGAUGGUUUGUCACCUGUAGCGUCAUAAACUGCAGUUUACACUCAGGUUCUUAAGUAUUUGGACAGCAGCAGUUUUUGAUUUUGGCCUCUGUACACCACCAGAAUGGAGCUGAAAUGAUACAAUCAAAAUGUGCUUGUAGUGUCGACUUUCAACUUUAAUUCAAGGGGUUUAACAAAAAUAAUCACAUUAACCAUUUAGGAAUUAUGACCAUUUUUAUUCACAGUACCAACAUUUGAAUUUAAUUUUAAUAAUUUGACAAAUUAAAUAUAAGGAUGAUUAUUUAUCCACAUUGUCACUUUUACAGCCAGUUUUUUUUUUUUUUUUUUUUUUUUUAGACAAGUCGGGAUGGCUAACAUUUCCAUGUCACUUAAUAUAUACGGUAAAUGUUAGACCAUUUGAAUUAAAGCUGAAAGUUUACAGUACAAACAUAUCUUGUUUCAAUUCAAGAAGGCAUAAUACAAUAAAAGUUGGUGUCCAAAUAUUUAUGGACCUGUCUGUUUCUCUUGGAGCAAGUCGGUGGUGGUGUGGAUGACUUGCAUUCCAGCAUGAUUUGAUCAUGCUGGAGUGUCCGUCAUACAUCAUGCACGUCAUACUUUUAGCUGCCAACAUUAAAGUGUCUUAGCUUAUUAAAUAGCGAUAACUUUUUUUUAUUUAAUCAGAAGAGAUUUAUCCAGUUGUGCCUGUUGAGUUUUUCAUGAGAUAACGGUGUACCGCUGAUAUGUCCCUGAUCACUGGUUAUGAAAUACUGGAUGACGUUGUCCAGCAUUUAGGAAUCUUAACAUUUGAAAAACCUCUUGAUUUCAUGCUUGCUGCUUAUGUGCUUCCCGUGUUUGCCCGUCUCCUCUUUAUUUAACAGUAUCCACUUUGUAAAAGACCGCAAUCAGAUAUGCAGUGGGUGUAAAUUCUGUUGGAAAGCUCUUGUGUGUUCUCCUGUAUGAAUGGAAAGAGAAUACAGUACAUUACUGUAGGUGCUGACGCAAACUUUCUGAGUUUGACCAGGAAAGCUGACUUGGACAUUUAAUGCAAAAUGUAUCAUAUGUGAAUAAACUAUAAACACACUGA